UAACUUUUCAGUCUGUUCUCACGAAAGAGGAAAACAGCUGCCUCAAACUAGAGCUAAGCAUUAAAAGCGCCAUUUCGCCGAUGUAAACCGACAUCGGCGAAAUGUCGCUUUUAAUGUUUCUGAUUCUAGUGGGAAUUCAAGGUUCUACCGCAGUGACCCACUCUCUGAAGUAUUUCUACACGGCAUCUUCAGGAAUAGAAAACUUCCCAUCAUACGUCUCUGUUGGGUUGGUGGAUGAAGUUCAGAUAAGUCACUGUGACAGCAGAACAAAUGAAAACAUCCCUAAACAGGUUUGGAUGAAUCAAGUGAGAUCAGAAUAUCCAAAUUACUGGAAGGAGGAAACAGAAACAUGUCUGAGUAAACAGCAAACCUUCAAAAUCAGCCUCCAAAUUGCCAAACAACGUUUCAACCAGACUGGAGGAGUUCACAUAUAUCAGCAGAUGUAUGGCUGUGAGUGGGAUGAUGAAACUCAACAGCUCAACGGUUAUGAUCAGUUUGGUUAUGAUGGAGAAGAUUUCAUCGCACUGGACCUGAAGACACAAGAAUGGAUCGCUCCAAAACCACAAGCUGUCAGCACCAUACAAAAGUGGGAUCAUAAUAGAGAUGCUGUACAAUAUGAGAAGAACUACUUAACUCAGAUUUGUGUUGACUGGCUGAAGAAAUAUGUGAACUAUGGGAGAAACUCCCUGAUGAAAACAGAUCGUCCCUCAGUUUCUCUCCUCCAGAAAUCUCCAUCCUCUCCAGUCAGUUGCUUCGCUUCAGGUUUCUAUCCUAACAGAGCUGAAAUGUUCUGGAGGAAAGAUGGAGAAGAGAUUCAUGAUGGUGUGGAGAAAGGAGAGAUCAAGCCCAACAAUGACGGGACCUUCCAGAUGAAUGUUAACAUCGAUCUGUCAUCUGUCCCAACUGGAGACUGGAACAAGUAUGAAUGUGUGUUUCAGCUCUCUGGAGUCAAGGAAGACAUCACCAAAAAACUGGAGAAAACAAGAAUCUUGACCAAUGAAUCAAAUACCAUCAAUCUGAUCAUCCCUGUUGUUGUUGCUGCGGCUGUUCUUGGUCUCAUUGCUGUGAUUGGAUUCAUUAUUUACAAGAAGAGGAACGCCAAGCGUCCACCAUCUCCUGUGGUAAACGCUCUGCCUCCUGAGGAAACCAAAUUUCUUCCACAAGCAUGAAAAUGCAGAAACAGACCAACACAUGCAAGACCUGAGCUGACGUUGAUGGACUCGAUCGAUUCCGCCGUCCGAUCUGCUGUGCGCAUGCGUAGUGUUGGAAGCGCCUAACGUGUUGGGAACUAGGGAGUCAUUUUGCGCCUCACCAUGAGAAAAUACAAGUUUUCACGAGUUUUCACCAGGUGACAGAGAAGCGCUUUGUAAAGUGUGCAGAAAAAAAUAUAAAUCUGACCUGGAAUAUAUUAUGUUUUCUUUAUGCGUGUUGAAACUUUUCUGAUCCAAUCAAUUACCAGAACAUUAAGACUUCUAGCUGUAAUAUAGUAACAGGGUUAAGUUUUGCAUCACAGUGAUGAUUAAACAUGUAGAUUUGAUUUCUAGAUGUGACAAUCAUCACCGGAUUCUCAUAAAUAUUUUGGGUAAAUUGUAUUUUUUUUCUUUCAUCACUUUUAGUUAAGUUUCUAUUGUUUAUUUUUUCAGUUAUUUCUAUAUAAUGUAGACAAUAAAAUACUGAGUAAGGAAUAUUUUUUUCCUUUUUUUAUAGACCUGAUCUGGGCUUUAAUUUCUUAUCUUGAGUUUAAUAAGUUGGUGUUCUGUUGAAUCUAUUCUUGUAAAUUUGGUUUGCUUUUAAAUAAACUUCCAUAUAACCCAA